UCUGCAUCGCCACUUCAGCAUCGCCGCCGCCCGCCGCCGUAAUGGCGAGAGACAGAUCUCCAACCAAUUCGCCGCCGGCGAAACGCCGUAAGGAAUCCAGCACCACCACCGUCGCUGCCCUCGGCGAGGACAUCCUGCUCGAGAUCUUCCUCCGCCUUCCCUGCCUCGCCACGCUCGUCCGCGCCGCCCUCACCUGCCGCGGGUGGCGCCGGGCGGUGGCCUCCUACCCGGCCUUCCACCGCCGCUUCCGCCAGCUCCACCCGGCGCCCCUCCUGGGACUUCUCUUCAAUCCUCCUGGCCCCGUUCAAGACCCUGAGCUCCCCGCCUUCCCCUCCUUCGUCCCCACCCGCGGCACCGACCGGGACCAAGCCGCCGCCGUCCGUGGCGGCGACUUCUUCCUCACCUCCCUCCAGGAGCGCUCCGGUGUCCACAACGGCUGGGACAUCCACGACUGCCGCGGCGGGUACGUCCUCCUCGCCAAUGGUGAUCAGGAAACAAUGGCGGUGGUCAAUCCCUUGGUGCGACGGAGCGAAAGGUUCCUUGAUUUUGGCCACAAGGACACUCUUGAAGGUCAUCGCGCCUGCGGCAUCGUACACAGGGCCUGCUUGCUCUGCUCCGACGAAGACCCCACGUCGUUCCGCGUGAUCAUUAUUGCCCAUGACAAGUCCAGGGUGCGGGCUACUGUCUUCAGCUCGGAGACCGGCGAGUGGUCCGUUCGCCGGUGGGUGCAUAUCCCGGCGAGGCCACGGCGCGGCCGUGGCGAACGGUGGAUUCUGAACAGCAACAUGCAGGCCAAUGGAUUCUUGUACUGGGUUUCGAAAAAUCGCAAAUAUAUGGUCACACUGGACACGGCAACAGUGGAUUUCUCUGUCAAUGAGCUCCCUAUUUUCCUGCAGAAUCGACACUGCACCUUCGUUGUGGGUGAAAUGAAGAAUGGUGAAGCCUGUAUUGUCUAUGCUAUUAACUUCACAGUUGGUGUCCUGUUUCGCAGAACAGAGAGUGAUGGCGUUGAUAGGUGGGUGCUGGACAGGGCUGAACUCUUGGAGACACAGCUUGGUCGGGUCCUUGGCGAAGUAAUGGAGAACUACAAUGAGGUGGAGGUUGUGGCAGUAAGGGAUGGCUUUGCGUACUUGGCAACAACAGAAAGUUUAAAUGAUUCUGGGACUCCUAGUUGGUUCUUGUCCCUCUGCUUGGAAACAAUGAUAUUGGAGAAGCUGUUUCAGAGGACGUAUGAUAGUUCGGUGCACCCCUAUGUUAUGCCAUGGCCGCCUUCUUUAGUUGGUAACUAUGGGAGGUUUGCACCUGAAGAUGGUACAUGAAGUGCAUAUGCAUGACUAGGAGAGGCUAGUAAAACCCAACGUCCUAUUUGCUGUUAUUGAAAAAAUCAGCAUGCUGAAAUGCCAUGAUAACUACAUUCUUCUGAGGCUGCAUCAUGCUGAAGAAUUACAUCCAAUUCCGUGACGCUGAAGAUUCUGUCACCAGUCAAUCCUACAAGUUGAUCUUUUGCAUUUGUUAUUUAUGUUCAGUAACCAGUUUUCAGUAUCGGUGUGAUGAUUCUGAACUUUAUUCUACAGUAUUUCUUAUGUUCGCUACUGAGUCUUUCUUUUUGGGUCUUGUAUGGUUUUAGGAGUCUUUUUUGUGAGAUCCUUGCUCUAAUGCUCUGAUGAGAAUAGGGACUAUUUACCUUUGAUCCAAGAAAAACAAUGAGUAGGAAUAAGCACACUUGCCUUUUCUUUGUUGAUUACUUGAUUUCGCUCAUAAAAAAAAUUAAUGUUAGCCUUUCAAUGUAAAAAAAUUGAUGGAGUGGCUGCA